AUGUCAAUAAAGUCGGAUGGUGACAACUUUCCUUUCUCUUUGCCCAAGAAAGCCGGCGCAUCAAAUAGCUUCUCGCCUUCCACCGUCUACUCUACUCAAGAACUUCUCAACAUAGACACAGAUAAUAAUAACAGUCGAGGAGAAAGUGUUGGUACUGACCACGGAGGAAAUUCAGAAGUUCUUGUUCGUCGACUCAAAAGUCAAUUCGAGAGUAUUUCCGCUUUGGUAAAAGAUGUUCAUGAAAAAUUAAAUAAGGAUUUAUUAGAUAUAAAAAGCGUGCAAGACACGCUGGACGAAAUAUCACGCAAUGUUGAAAAAUUCAAGAAUCUUCAAAAAUUAACAAGAAAUUUCGAGUUCGCUGAUGAUAUGGAUGAAAUAGGAAAUUACCUUUUCUUUUUACCAUUUAAUAUUUUUUUGUGUGUCGGUCUCUGGAACACAUCGAUAGCAAUGAAAGCAAAUGUCUCGAAUGAUAACGGAAGAGAAUUCAAACCGGAAUUAAUUGCUUUGAUACGACAAGUUGGUUUGGCAAUGAUUGAUGCUGGUUCUUUUGUUAUUCAGGACGAAAAAAUAAUUGUAAAGUUACUUACACUGGCGACUAAAGUUGGAAAAGCGUGGCUAGAUUGUGGCAGAAGUGAUAAGGCAGACGAAGUUUUACGAUCCGCGAAUUCGUAUGAAGACGGCGUGCUUAAUAUUCAAAAUGACUCGAACACUGUACAGCUGUCAAAAUGUAGUGCUUUAGUACUGUAUUAUGCGUAUCGUGCAGAAGCGGCCUGGAAAUUGGCCAAUAGUCAUGUUGCGAAUUUGAUGAUUCAGCAUGCAACGGGUAAUAUCGAGAUUUUAUGCCAAGUGUGUUUCAAUAUUGGCAAUCAGGCGUCGCGUGAAGGAAAAACAGGCGAUGCAAUUAAAUGGCUAAGAAAAUGCCACGACUUAAUGACAGAUCAUAUGAAAGAAAAAGACAUCAGUCGAACCAAAUUAUUGACAAACACUUUAAAUAUUUUAGCGAUCUCUUAUCUAAAGAAUUCCACACACGAUGAAUCGAGUCUCAAUCUAGCUGAGAAUUCGAUAAAUUUAUGUUUGGAGGAAGAACCUACAAAUAUUUUAGCAUCCUCGCUCAAAAUCAAAAUUCUGAAAUUGCAAAACGUCACUAAUGUCACUUUCGAAGAAACAUUUCUUCGUCUGAUGAAGACCACUAAUAGACUGCUUAACAAAGAGAACUUUAAAAUGUAUGAAGGAAACUUUGAUUCUAUAAAAAUUAUUAAUUCUUUAAUAAUAUCAACACACAAUAGUCCAACGCUUGCUUUAUCCGGUCUUGACAUUCUAUUAGAAGACACUUUAUCGGAUAACUGUAAUAUCCAAUAUAUCGAAAAGGCGAUCGUAGCAAAAUUUCAUAUAAUAGGAAACGCAAGUUGCCAAACUUUAUUAAGUUUGGACGAUGCAGUUCAAAGUGUUCAAGUGUCUCUUGAUUAUGAACAGCGUCACGGAAUCGUUAUUAGCCAUAAAGCAAAAGUUGCAUGUCAAUUGAUUCUUUGGCAAAGUGGGGAUCGAAAUUAUAUGACUCAAAAACACGAUAUAGCAAGAAAAUGGUACAAUUUAGCGUAUAAAUGGCUCGCUUCCAAUCAAUUAGACGGAAAAAAUGCCGCUACAUUACAAAGAAAAAUCGCGCUAUGUCAUCUUGAAACAAACCAUCUUUCUGAUGCUAUCGAAGCAAUCCAACAAGCUAAGAUUCACGAACCUAAUUGUGCGGCAAAUUUCUUUAUAUUGUAUCAUAUUGCAAUGGAAAGAGGGCAAUUAGCGGAAGCUAUCCAAUAUCUUCAUGAUAUGUGCAAAGGGGAAAAUUUUCAUAGUAAUAUGCUAGCGAUGGCAGCCAACGAAGCCUAUCAAAAAAGUAAUAAAGAGGUAUUAGUUGAGGCAUUGAAGGAGAUUCUAUUGAAGCAUAAAAAAGGAGAUGACACGGCAAAUGUUGAUAUUUUGGUGCUGCUGAGGUGUUUAAUAAGAUUGACUCAUUCUUCGCUAAUGUCUGGAAAUGAUGUUGAAAAAAAGUUGGUUAAAAAUCAUAUUUGUGGAUAUUUUGAGAUUGCGUGGAACAUUGGCUUAGAAUUCUGCGAGAAUUGCGAAGAAAAUAGCGAUACACAUGCUAUAAAGUUAUUUGAAAUAGCAUUAAAGUUUUUGAAUUCUUAUCCGGAAGAAACAACAGAAAACAUAAAAAGGAAAAAAAUAUGUUUCUUUACUACUUUGAGCGCUAGAAUUUUUCUAGCACGACAACAAAAAGCUGUUUCGGAAAAGAAAGACCUUUUUCAACAAUCUCUUAAAGAUAUACAGAAUUACCGCAAAUUUCAGACGAAAUUGGGGAAACGAAAACGCACAAUUAACGACGUUGAUGAAGAAAAUCCUGAUGCGGAGUCGAUAAAAGCAGCGGAAAAAAGUGAAACUGAUGCAUUAUUAGUUUUGCUUUUCGAGUUUGAAGCAAAAGUCAAUUUGUGUCUUUGGAAUGAGUUACAAGCAAUUCUGGAUAGUGCAGCAGCUUAUGACUUUGACAUUCCCUCGAAAAUAUAUGAACGUAUGGCUGAAUUGCUUAUCGAGGAAAAUGAAUGUCCAAGUGGAGUUAUUUUCGCCACCUUACAGGCACUACUCGACUCAAUAAUGAAAGGCACACAAAUAGACCUUGAACAAUUUUCGAGAUGGUUUCGAAUGUUGGUUAUUACGGCACUUGUUAAAGGGAAACAAACGGCAUUGCAGUAUUUCACACAGGCUUUGGAUAUAUUGAAUGACUGUUCAAAGGGUAAAUAUCCAGAAGAAGAAAUUCAAUGGUUAAUGGUAACAGCCUGGAAUUGUGGAAUUGAUUAUUAUUCAUCAAACGAUUAUCCACAAGCUAAGAAGUGGUGUGAGAUUGCCAUGUCAUUCUGUAAAUACGCGGAAAAUGGGCAGUUAUACGAAAAAGAAAUGCGAAAAUCAUAUGGUGAAAUAAUGAAGAACUUUGAUUUCGGUGGUAGAGGUAGUGGCGAUGAUGAUUCGUUUAACUUAUUAUAG